AACGAUUUGUAGAAAUACUUCGAUGCAAAUCCGCAACAGACUACUUAUUCUCUACUUCAAUCCUAUGUCAUUCUCCAAAAGAUUAGGCCAGCCACGUCACCCCAAAGUACUGUUUGCGGUAAAAAAAAAUGCCGACCCCUCUUUCCUCGGCCUAUCCUUCCCCUCGACUCUUCCUCUCCUCUUUCUCUUCGCUCCCUCCUUCCUCCUCCCGACGCCAGCAGGGGCGACGGCAACGACGUCGACCAACAGCGGAGCGGCGCGCCGCAGCCACCCUCCUCCUCCUCCUCCUCCUCUCUAUCUCGCCUGACUUCCCAGUGUGGCGGCAGGAGCCGCGGCCAGCUCGUCCGGCUGGCCCGAGGCAGCGCACCGGCACCUCCACCGCUCCCUUCCCCACCCUCGUGUCCUCUCCCUUCCUCUCUCUCCCCGUGACCAUGACUGUGUCUGGCCUGAGGAAACCCUAGGUGCCAUGGGGGCCUCCGAUCUGGCCGCAGCGAACCGACCAGGCCCUGCUGGUGGCCGCCGACGUGGUUGCGCGCCCUCCCUCGCCGGUGGAAACCAGAAGCUUCUCUCUUCCUCCGUCCUCUUCCCGAUGUUGCCACCAGGGGCGACCAAGACGGCGAUGGGCGCGAGGCGCGGCAUGGCGGAUGGCCACCCCCUCUCUCUCCCCCUCUGUUCCCCUCGCGGGUGAGUCUGCACCGGCAGCCCCCUCCUCCUCCGUUCCCCUCGCAGGUGAGUCCCGACAAUCUCUUCUCUUUCCCUCCCUCUCUCCCGAUGCGGCAGGGGGCGGCGCGAGCAGCCCUCUAGCCGCAUGCGCAUAGGCGUGGCUGAGCCCCGUGGUGGCCAGCUCCGUAUGUCAGCCGCGGCCGCGUGGCCCCCCUCCUUCCCCUGCUCAGGCGGGUCAGCGGUGCAGCACAGCGUGGCGCCCGCGGGUACCGCUGGUGGGCGCAGGUGCGGCCUGCUGUCACCCGUCCACCGGUGUGGCUUCUUGUGGUCGGGUCCUCAUCUCUUUGCCAUGGCUCCUAAUGAUAAAGGCACCAGGUAGCCUUACUCUGAAUCUGAUUUAGCCUUUCCAUAUGUAUAUUCUCUGUGUAUCAUACAUAUUUGUUCUCAAGAUAUAUUUACCUGAUAUAUUGUAACUUCUAAUUAAAUUUGUCAUGCUACAUCGAGUUCUAUUUUAAUUCGCAGCCUUUCCAUAUGUAUAUUAUCUGUGUAUCAUACAUAUUUGUUUUCAAGAUAUAUUUACCUGAUAUAUUGUAACUUCUAAUUAAAUUUGUCAUGCUAUAUCGAGUUCUAUUUUAAUUCGCAGACAGCUAGGAGAUAUCGAAGGUCGUUUGGUUUCCAAAUUGGUGGCUGUGCUAUAUUGCCUAUUUCACCGAAUUGUCCUGUUUAGACCACCUCAUUGUAUAGUUCGUAUUUGUGUUAACUAAUUAGGUUUACUAUAUUGGGGUUCUUUUUUUGUUUGGAUAAUCUUGCACAUUGUUGAGCUAAUUACUGAGCUCAACAGAAACAUGUCCGAGAAGGAGUUCAAGAUAUGGUUACAGCUAAGUUACUCUUAUUACGAACAUGUUGUUUGCUUCUAAUUGUUUACCAUUAUACUAUGCUCCCAGAUUAGUUUGGGUUCUAAUUAUGCAUGCUCAGUUGCUUCAUGUUGUCUCUGUUGUUUCUUGCCUUCUUGAAGAGACUCACUAUCUCUAAGCAGAUUUACAUUACAACGGAUUAUGAGUCAGAACCCCUAAAAACAAAUUUAUUACUAUGCGAGUUUCUCAAUAUCUACUGCCUUUGAGUGCUGAAAAAAAUAUCCCAGUUACAUUGCAAUGGAUUAUGAGUCAGAGCCCCUACAAAGAAAUUUAUUGCUAUGCGGGUUUCUCACAUAUUUUAUCUACUGCCUUUGAGUGCUGAAAAAAUGUCCCGGUCCUACAUUGCUGAUUUUUUGAUUUAUAUUAGGUAUGCGAAGAAUUACAUGAACAAUAUUUGGAAUUAUGCAGAGGGCAUAUGGGUUCUUGGAGAGUGUGCUAUCCAACAUGAUCUUCCUAGGAUAUUCUGAAGGAAAUAGGUGAGUUUAGAACUUUGUUUUGGGCCUUAAUCGCUUUUUAGUAGUCAGUACAUGACUGUAGGUACCAUCUUAAUCCACAUGAAUAGUUGAUACAGGAUGCUUAUGACCUUUUUCUAUCUCAUGUGCUAAUGAAGUGCCUGAUGCUUAUUUAGUUCGUGAUGAUUUUUCGUUUCCUUGUCUUCAAACUAUCAUGGCUGAAUGUUUUGAGCUUGAUCUGCUACUUUUUCAAGAGAAAUGUUAGAAUUGUAUACUAUGGAGCAAUAUCGUUGUUGUUGAUUGUUUACUGCCUUAGUUCAUCCAGAGAACUAUUAGUAUUUUUCCUAAAUUAGUUGCUGAGAUAACUUCUUAAGCGAAUGGAAUUUACUCCAAGUUUAGAAUAAGUUUUUGUUAUUCCUAAGAAUAUUCAUGAGCUUAAAUAUAACAUUGUUUUUUUCUUCACUACCAUUUGUGAUGCCAUUAUUUUCAAAGCCCCCUGUGUUCAAACCUUGGCAUACCUGAAUGGUUGCUUUUUAAUUAGUUACUGGGACCUGAAUGAUGCCAGUAGUCGAUUUUAGAUGGAAACUCUGCCUGUAGUGUGUGAUGUGUGUAUUUUUUUUGUUCUUACAUGAUUUUUUAUUGCUGUUCUGAUCUGUAUACAAUUGAGGUACAAUGCAUAGAUGUAUAUACACUUUCUAUAGUCUACAUUGCAUCUGAAUUUUAUGUGCUCAAGUUGAAUCAAUAGAAUUGCAGGAUCGUUACAUGAGUACGUACUUCCUAGUUUCUUAUACGUGUUACAACUUAUAAGAGCAUAAUUAUUGUUUCCUGAAUAGCUGGUGUGUUGUGCUAAGACAUAGCUGGCCACUUAUGCUGCCAACUCUUCAAACUAUUAAUGAGUUUGCCAUUGGUCCAAUGGAAAUUCCUGGAUGCUCUAAAACAACUCUUAUUUUUUGUCUCUUCGAGUUAGUCUAUGUGCUUUAUGUAAGAUGGUUUUUACUAUUAUUGUUAAUGGUAUAUUAUGAGUGCUUAGGUUAUAUUGACUAUGACAGUUCAUUCCAGUUUAGUUAAAAGUGUCAAAUAUAUUUGCUAGAGAUGAAGCUUGCAGAUAAUAUCUAGCUUACAUCCUCGAUUGUAAAAUAGAUAUGGAGGAGUACUUAUCGCAGCAAGACUAUGUCACCCAAAGGAAAUACUCCAUUUUCCCUGCCUUCAUUCAGAUGCUACCUAAAAUCAGUUGCAAAUCAUUAUGGUUCUAUGGCUUGACAGAAUAUGGCUAUAUUUUUACAAUUUCACCUCCUAAUAUUGUUUAUUAAAAGUUUGUGCAACUUCAGACCUUUUAAAUGGCCACUCAGUUUCUAUAUGUGCAAGUUAUUACAAAAAUAUAGGCAUCAGAGAGGUAAUCAAUUAAUUUACAUAUUACUUGGAAUUUAUUAGAUACCUGAAACAGCUGGUUAUUAGUUUACAUUUUUUUAGUCUUAUGUCCUGAGGUUUAGGCAACCUGACAACUUCUAAAUGCUCACUGCUUCUAAAUGCUCACAGCUGUGUGUGUGUCUUGUGGUGGUUCAGUCAUGGUGCUGGCUAGCAGUGCCUAUCUUUGAAAUUGAUUGGCAAACUGCAAGUGAUGAUCAAGGAGUGCAUCACGCAGCUGAAAGAAGAUUUGUCACUGGAUAUGUCAAGUACAUCUUCACCAAGUUUGAGCUCCGUUGGACUCACGGUUGCAGAAAGGUAGUGCCGCCCUCAAAGGGAGGCAGUGCCGCCCUGAGUUUUAGUUUUGUUGGAGCAUAAUUUUUUGCAGGCCUAUUCACCCCCCCUCUAGGCCUCCUCGGCAACAUUAACGUCCUUUCAAUUGGUAUCAGAGCAAGGCUCUCAAUUUCGGGCUUAACCGCCUUGAGAGACGAUGUCGACAAGUGAGGAGGUAUCUCUAGAACUUUUACUUUUAUUAGAUGGCUCAAAUUAUACAUCUUGGUCUGCUUGUAUACUUGAUAUUUUUAGGGCCAUGGGUCCUCAAAUAGAGCAGAUUGUAGAUGUAAGUAUUUCACCUCCUAGUGAUAAUUUGGACUAUCUAUCUAGAGAGGAAGUGAAAUGCUUACAAUACAAUGCUCAAGCUACUAAUGUCUUAUUUAGUGCUUUGAGUGAAGAUGUUCUUGAUGCCAUCAUAUUUGGAGAUGGUGAACCACUUGAUGAUGCUCAUGUCAUUUGGACCACGCUCAAAGAAAGAUAUGGCAGCUCCAAAUGUGAUGAGAAGUUGCUCUCAUUGGAGGAACCACUUGAGAGGUGCUCAACUUCACUGACAAAUGAUGAGCCUCAAGUGAUUCUCUCAAAAGGCCUAAUGGAUCAUACCACAUACACUUCCUUGCCAACACAUGACUUAAUUGAUGGUAAUGAAAUGGUUGGUGAGAACAAUGCUUUUACAUGUGGUACUUCUACUUCCUCUAGUUUUUGUUGUUCUAACAUUUUGAAGGAAGGAGAAGCUUGUGAUCGGUGGAGGCCAAAUGAUGAAUCCACCUCACCUACAAGCUCAACUCUCCAUGACACUUCUCCUGUGUGUUUCAUGGCAAAAGGUGAGAAGGUAAAAUCAAAAGCCAAACCUCCUUCACCUCCUAGUGACAUCUCUAGUAGUGAUCUUAGUGAUAGCUCUAGUGAUGAUGAAUCUAGUGAUGAAGAUAUUGAUGACAUAAUUAAAAAUUUGGAUCCUAAGACCAAACUCUUCAUCUCUAAACUAAUGGAGGAUUUAGAGAGCACCCAAGCUGAACUAGCAACUAGAGAUGAUGAUCUUAUUGCACAAGAAAACAUUUAUAUUGCUAGUAAGGAAGCUCUUGCAUUAGAGAGAAAUGAGGUGGCCUCCUUGCACAAGGCUUUGGCUAAAGAGCAAGAUGACCAUGCUCUCACAAAGAAGACAAAUGCUGCACUCAACCAAAAGUAUUGUGGCUUAGAUGAAAAGCACAAAGAGCUUGAGCUGCAAUAUAGUCUUCUUUGGGAGAGCACCUCAAAUCCCUCUAAGGCAAAGGAUGCCUCUACUCCCUCCACUAGCCAAGGUUGUGAAAAAUGCUUUAAUCUUGAUUUGAAUAUUUAUGCCACUAACCUUACUAAUAUGGAGGUCAUGAGAAAGGAGAUUGCUAGACUCAAUGAAAUCAUAGCAGCAUGGUGCAUGAAUGACAAAACUCAAGAUGCUGGAAAGAAAAUUGUGAAUGGCUUUGAAUGUGUGCAGUUUGAGAGGAGGGAGCAGUUUGGUACAGUUCAGCCUGCACAGACCGCGGUAGUGCCGCACCCCAAGGGCGGUAGUGCCGCGCCCCGCAAAAAUGGGAAGGCUACCAAUCUGUCUCUUGAUCAAACUAAGCUCAUAAUGAAAAAGCCUAGGCAGAACAACAAAGCUCCCAAGGCCAUCAAGGUGCAGCAUCAACCAAAGAAGACUCUCAUCACUUGCUUCAAGUGCAAGAAAGAGGGUCACCAUGUGAAAGAUUGCACCUUAAAGAAAGAAGAGAAGAGCAUGAGCAGGAUUCAAGAGAAGAAGAAGAUGGCUCAUGUCAAGUCCUCUAGUAUGGAACAUAAUGCUUUUGUGUGUUCCAACAAGGUUGAUGACCAAGCCACACUUCUAAAGAACAAGACAAGAAGAAGCAAGAGGAAGUGUUAUGAAUGCAAUGAGAAGGGACAUGAAAUUUACUCAUGUCCCAACAAGAAAAGUGAAGGUUUAUCAUCGUCAACAAAGAGGCUCUUUAGCAAGGUGACAAGCAAAAUGCAAGAAAAGAAGGCUAACAAGAACAAGAGCCGCCUAUGCUACACUUGUAGAGAAAAGGGACACCUAAGCAUAAAUUGUCCCACGGGUAACAAUAAUCCUAAGCUCAACUCAUCAAUUGAUUCAAAUAUGCUUAUGAGACCUAAAAAUGACACUUGUGCUAGGAAGGUGAUUGGUUCACCAAGUGGUAGCACAAAGGCCAUUUGGGUACCUAAGUCUCUUGUGACUAACCAUGAUGGACCCAACAUAGUUUGGGUACCAAAUUAUGCUUGAUGAGUGUUGUAGAUACUUGAAGGUGAUAUGAUGCUUCGGGGUGCUUGAGCAAGUUGAUUGAAAAUAUUCACUCAAGCUAUCAACCAAUUCAUAUUGCUUCUUCUUAUAUGGUUGACCCGAAGAUAAAUUAAUGGAAUUAUUUCAAACUUCAUAUUCACCUUGGUAACUAGUACCUAACCCUUGCUAGCUAGCCAUUUGACUUGUGUAGUCUCUGGUAGUUCACAAGUAUGUGUGUAUUUGUGAAUUAUCAAGAGUGGCUAGAGUAUUUCAACUUAAAUGAAUCAUUUGUCAUAUGAUGCUUUUAAUGGCUCUCUAGUAGGGCAAGAUCUUGUUCAUGUUGUAGGUAAUGAGGAAUCACCUUAUGAGGUAAUCAAGAAAAUAGCCACUGAUGAUAUGAGACCAAAGAAGUUCAAGUAACAGUGAUAAGGAUAUACUCAAGCUGCUGCUGCAUCAAUCCGCUGACACCUCUGAUGCGGUAGUGCCGCCCCUCAGAGCGGUAGUGCCGCCCCUAUAUAGAUAGCAGCAGCUGACAUCAGUCCAAAACAUGGAUGAAGCCUACAACAUGAUGAUGAGCAAAGUGAAAAUGAUGAGACCACCUCAUCCAUUAUAUCUCAAGAAGGGUGGUAACAACAAUAUCUCAAGUGCAAUUAUUUUAAAACUAAACUCCUUUGUGUCUUGUGUAGUCACUUAGGAUAAAUGAAGCACUUGGAGAUAUUCAUUGGUUGCUGGUCAUGAAAGAAAAGUAUGAUUGGAAUUGAAUAGAUCAUCCACACCAAGCAACAUAGAUGACUUUAAGGAGUUUCCUCUGUGGACCUCAAACCAAGAAUUUCAAGAAAGCUCAAGUAGAGGCGCUUAUUGUUCACAACAUGAACUCUCUACUUGAUGGAAUCUAGUCAUAUGGUAGAUCGCCCAAAUUCUCAUUUUCAUCUUAUGGGCAUCUACAUGCUGCAAUGGUUGUGAGUAUCUCUUGGCAUAUUUCAAUUACACUAUUUGUUGCCAUGACCUAGACUUAGAGUAAAAUCCCAAGUUCUUAAAUGAAUAAAGUGUUAUAUGAGAAAUUCAAAUACUUAGAGCACUUAUCAUAAGGGAAUUUACUCUAUGACUAGAGUUGUGAGACUAACCAUUUCUCUAAGUGAUUCAUGUAGUCUCACUAAAUGAGAAUGUGUUUCUCAAAUGGAGUGUGCUGUUAUAUGAAGAUCAUUAUUCUAAAACCAUGUGAUAUAUUCUCUCUAGCUAUUUUGGAAUUGAUUCAUCUAUGAUUAGCCACUCAUCAUAAUAUGGCUUAAAUCUGCCCUUUGGACUUAAUUGAUCAAUCAUGCACAUUCAUGUUUCCAUUCCACUCAAAAGAGUGUGUAUGAGACAUCAAGGGAGAUUUAGUCCAUAUUAUGAGGUUUCUCUAUUUAGUGACCCAUUUGCCUUCCACAUAUAAAGGGUUACUAAGUGAGAAACUAGUGCUUGUGUUUCUAAUGACCUUUUUGUGUUGAGCUUGCAUAGGAAAUCAAUAAAAGGUUAUUGUUGGCUAAAUUGAAGAAUUCACAAGCUUUAAGGUUACUCUCCACCUAAAGUAAGAUAUUGCUGCUUCAUAUUGAUCAAAAUCUGAAUUUGAAUGAAAUCAAGUUUGAGGGUUAAAUUGGAUAAGCUAUAUUAGAAGAAUUGACAAGAUGACAAGUAUUGAUAAGAGGACUGCAUGGAAAUUGCAUCUUGUGAGUAUUCUCAACCAAAUCCACCUCAAGAUUGGACAAGAAGCAAAGAAGAGUUGUGAAAUAUCAAAUCUGUCUAGAAAUUUGAAAAUCUGAAUUGGCUGCCUUCAAGCAUGGAUUUGGAAGUCCAAACACUGAUGAAUUGACCUAAAACUUUGUGAGCAUGACACACUUAUCUAAUACUUGUUGCUUUACAGUUUGCAUGAAGAUUGGUUAAGAAGAAAAUCAGUUUUGAGUUGAAUUCUGUCAGCUUCAGCAUUGCAGAUUCAGACCAUAGCAGUUUUGGUAGAAAAAUUCUUUGACUGAUUAAAUGGGAUCCAAAUGAGCUGAAAUUUAUACAGUAGUUAAAGGACUCAUAGAUGAAGACCUCUACAAAAUUUCAUGCAUAUUGGGCUAGUAGUCUGAGAGAUAUGAAAUUUUCUCUGAGGAUGACAGAAUCUAAAAACUAGCAGUUUGAAAUUGGAUUGCAGUAUAACAACAAGAUUCAGUUGGCUCUCAAGUUGGUCAUGAAAAAUUUAUUGAAAAUGAGCAGCAUAAGUUUGGAUAAAGAAGUUUCAUUGGAAGAAGAGAACUCAGACAAGGAUCCAAACAAAUUGCAAUCAGAUUACAAGCAGUAGCAAAUAAUUGCAAUUAGUUGUUAGAAGAAUUCAAAUGCAGUCUUUCAGAAACAGCAGCUAAGAUCAGUUGAAACUUGAUGAAACUAGUUGGCUUCAGCAGUGACAAGUAGCAAACAUGAGUUACAAUCAGAUGGUACUAGCUGAAAUCAAUUGGAAGCAACUGAAACUAGCUGAAACUAAUUAGAUUACAGCAGCCUGAAGGAGUUUGAAACCAGUUGGAAUGCAGUGUAAACUUCUCCCUUGACCUUAUGGUAUUGAUAUGCAUGAGUGUACUCUGUGUACUCUUGUAUGCACACAUUAAGGGGUAGUUUAGACUAUAUCUUGUGAGACUAUUGGUUUCUUUCAAGUGUAUGUUGUGCAGUCCCACACAAUGAAAAAGGAAGAUGGAUGAUUCCAAUGGAUUCUCUAAGUGCUUCACAAUUAUUCUAGGAUCUUGGUUUUUAUAAACCAGGUGCUCCCAGUUUAAUGUCGAAUGCCCCAAUCCUUAGUGGAACUGAAUUUGAAUGAGUUGGAGAAAAUAAUUGAAGAAUGAGCUUUCAUGACUAUUUUUCCUCUCUAGAGCUCUCAAGUGUUUACGACUCAUCUCAUUGAUUACCCAGGAUCUUGUCAACAAAGACUGGUAACUCCUAGUUCAUAAUUUGCAAAUUUCAUGAAUUUUACCUUUUGCUCUCUAUGUGGGUUGCCUUAGGUAAAGAAAGAACUAGGAACAUAAUUUGUAUCUUGGAUGAUCACAAGAGCUCUAAUUCACCACAUGUCAUCAAUUGAGAAAUGCAUGGCCAUCGAAAUCUUUUGAGUCUCACUUAUGAUGGUCAUAUCAAUGAAAAUCUAUGUGGUGAUCUAUAUACCUUGGUGGUGGUAUGUUUUCUUGGCACAAUUUCAAUUGUUGUAAACUUAUGAUACCUUGACCAAGGUAUAGGAUGAACUCCUCUUGACUCUUAAACCGAUUCAAAUGCACUUUGCAAGUAAUUUGAGUACUUGCUGCAUAUAUUAAGGGGGAGUCCAUUCUAUGUCUUGUGUCUUUGAGACUAACCUUUUCUUCUAGUGAAUUUGUGUAGUCUCUUGGUGAGAAUGAGCUUCUCUUGGGUAUGCUACAUUAACUCAAUCCAAAUGGGUAAAGUUAUCUCUCACAUUUACUUGGAUUGCAAUUUUACCACUUAAGUAGCUACUCUCCAUAAUAUAGCUUAAAUUGCCUUAUUUGGACUUAAUUGACCAAAAGUGCAUAUGUUCUUUCCUUCCACACACAUAUAUGUAUGCACUAUCAAAAAGGGGGAAUUUAGUCUAUGUUAUGAGGUUUUGCAAUUAGUGACUUACAUGCCUUCCACAUCCAAAAGGUCACUAGUUGUGAAACUCUAGCUUGUGCAAUUUGAUGUUAUCUCUUGUCUUGUGAGCAUUACCUAGGUGACAAUAUGAGAUACAAGCAUCCCAUCCAAUUGGCAUCAGCUUUUGAAGAUUCCUUCAAUUGGUGUCAAAAUUGUGAAGAUCAUAUUUCAAUUGGUAUUGGUGGAUAAUCUUUCAACCUGUCAUAUCAAGAAAUAUGCCUUCAAUUGGUAUCUCAAAAUGACAACAAGAGCUGGCAAUGGACUUUCCACUGAAAUCAAGCACAAGUUUAUGAUAUUUCCUUCAAGAUGAUGAUCAAGAGAGAUGGGCAUAAAUGAAGUAUUUUGCAUUUUGCCAAGCCCAUCAAAGCACUAAAUUCAUAAUAUCAUGAUCACAGUGGAGAUUAUGAGGUUUAGAACAAAGAUUCACGGUUUUGGAUGGACCAUAUGGUGUUGCUGCUUGUUGGCACCCUGCUCGGAUAUCUUGCAUGGCAUCGCCCAUAUUGGUCAUGCGUCAAUCUAUUUUCUUCAACAAGACAUCGAGCGAUUGUCACUCGAGCGAUUGUACACAACUCAAGCGAACAUGAAUGUGAAUGUGAAUUCAACCGCAGCAUGAAUUACUGAUCAUCGUCGCGUCCAACCUGAAGACCAGCAGAAAAUAACCAUCCUUACAAGCAUGUCUGCCGCUCUCAUGUACUAUAGUAAUUCGACACUGCCAAAACCUAUUGUAAUAUCGGGUCUGCGCCCUACUAAUCUUGCACAAUGUACCUAUCAACUACUCACGAUUAUUAAGUCUGUGAUAAUAUGUAUAUAUAUACAACCAGCUCUCUUUUCCUGCGUUAUUUACUAAAA